CACGGAGGCAACUGACACGUAACGGCUAAUGUUUUGUUGGGGGAAAAAAUAAAAGUGAACAGGAAGAAGAAAGGCUGCCAAACAGUUGUUAUCUUGUAGCAGAGCAAAGGAGACUUUGUCCAUUCAAGAAUCACUUCAGAUCUCGAUCACUGGCGCCAUCAUGAACGUGUUCGACCGCAAUAUCAACUUUGACUCACUCUUCAAGUUCUCCCAAAUAUCUCACUCCACCCAGGUGCACUUGAAGAAUGUGUACUCCAGCCUGGCAUUGUGUAUGUUUGUGGCUGCGGCUGGCUCCUACGUCCAUGUCGUCACACGCCUCUUUCAGGGAGGUCUGCUGUCCGUGCUCGGCUCCCUGGGCAUGAUGUUCUGGCUCGCCAUGACGCCUCACAACUCUGAGACGGAGAAGAAGAGACUGGCUAUCCUCGCUGGAUUUGCCUUCCUCACAGGUGUUGGCCUUGGUCCCACUCUGGACUUUGUCAUCGCUGUCAAUCCAAGCAUCAUCAUGACGGCUUUCAUGGGAACCUCCAUCAUUUUCGUUUGCUUCACUCUGAGCGCUCUCUAUGCCAAACGCAGGACCUACCUGUUCCUGGGAGGCACUCUGAUGUCUGGCCUCUCCCUGCUGUUCCUGAUGUCUGUGAUGAACCUGUUCUUCGGAUCUGUGAUGCUCUUUAAGGCUCACAUGUACCUCGGGCUGCUCAUCAUGUGCGGCUUCGUCCUGUUCGACACUCAGCUCAUCAUCGAGAAAGCAGAGAACGGAGACAAGGACUACAUCUGGCACUGUGUGGACUUGUUCCUGGACUUCAUCACCAUCUUCAGGAAACUGAUGGUCAUCCUCGCCAUGAACGAUAAGGAUAAGAAGAAGGAGAAGAAGUAAAGAACUCUUGGAACUGUCAAAAGGCACAAUUUGCAGCGGUGCUUUUCACUCUCGGUCUUCAUUUAUUAAAUUAACUCCUAUGUGGUCUUAUAUUAUUGAAAUUUCUUUGAUUUAUCUUUCGAACUUACAACAAGGGUUGAAUGUAAGUUAAUGGUAAACUAACGCUAGUCCCCCACUAUGGCUGUGAACGGAGAAUUAGAGUAACGCUGCGGUGACCCUGCUCGGCCUGUAGAGGGGAGUGUUGCCCUGCGAGGCUCCCAUUGGCUGAGCAGCUUUUAAUGAAGAAACGUAUUUAGUGCCAUACAUUAAAGACUUGAUAGGCUCCUUUGUAGUGGGUCGUGUGAGCUUCUGAGGCUGAUCGUUGUUUUAUUUCAAGUUCUGUGAUUUCCAUCGUUGAUUUGCUUAUUUAUAGUUUUCCUCUGUUCUCUUAGUGGAGUGUCACAACAAGAUAUGGUGUCCCAUGAUUUUGACAACAGAUUCCCCGUUUGAGAAAUUCUCCCUGUGAUGGUUUUUGUUUCCACACAUUUUGUUUCUGACCACCAUUGGAGUGGUGAAGCCCGGUAACACCGACACAAACCCUGAAAGCCUGUCGGAGUCUUAAAGAGCUGCAGCGGCUCAUCAGACACACUUUUAUGGAUUCUGGAUGUUGGCGGGCGGAGGAGGAGGAGGAAGACUUCGGAGCCAUCUGUCCAUAUUUCCAUCUUGGAUAGGAGGAUACGAGUUAUUCAAAACCUCUCUGUAAAUUCUCUAAAUAUCUGUUGUCUAGAAAUUAGUUUGCCAAACGAUGUGAUGUUAACCUUAACGAUUUUUUGAAAGUGUAUACUGUGAAGAAUUUAUUUUAUGGAUGUAAAACUGAAACUAACAAUUUGAUACAUUUGCUCAAAUAAAUGUGUUGAACGUUGAAACAAA